CAUACGAUUAGAUUCAAAUGAAAUUUGUGAAACAAGUAGUUGGGUCUUUUGAACGUUAUAUUUAAAGCACAAAAUCGUUUAAUAUGCUUCUCAUAUCUUUGGUCGAUAUUUUAUUCCCUUGUAUAAGCUAUACUGAAAAUGGCUGAAGAUAAAGCGAAAGAAGAUUUUGGUCACAUUUUGACUAAAUUAAACCGAAGGUUCGAAGUUCAACUUGUGAAAUGGGAGGCAGAUUCGAAAAUUUUUGAUAUCAAAAUAAGAACACAAAUACCAAAAGACAACGAAGACUUCAACACGUUAUGCGAUGAAUGGGUAGAUUUAUUUUCACAAAUUACGGAUACCGUUUGGGCCAAAAAGACUUCAAAUACUGGACCAAAAAUCAGAUUUAGAAAAUUAUAUCAAUGUUGGACCGGAGAAGGGAAAAUAAUAAAAAAGGAGUUAUUAUUUGAUCGUACUAGGUGCAAAGGAAGUUUAGAUUUGAAAGUUUUGUCAGACAAUCCUCUCUCGAAGAGAAAAAGUAAACACGUCAGAAAUGGAAUGAAUCUAGUAAUUAAAGCAACUUUUCAACAUCUACACUCUGUGGAUACAUCAGCUACAAAUGCGUUUUUUGUACAUCAGUGCUGCCCUCAACAAAAUAUUCCUCCACCUCCUAUUCAGCCCAAUAUUAGACUUCCUCAACUAGUAGCGAAUAUGUUAAAUAACGGACCCGAAGUAUCUAGAAAAGCAGCUGAAAAAGCUGAAAAAAUAAUGGCAAAACUCAAUGAAACAAAUUCCUUAAAUCCCGAAACUCCAAGCCAACUCAUAGUAAACUACGAGGGAAAUAUUCAACAACAAAAAACCCAGCAGCCUAUUUGUAUUGAGGUAGUAGGUAAUACUACCACCUUUGAUCAGGCGGAACCCGUAAAAUUAGAAUCUCAGUUAAAUGAUCAGCAUUACACCCAGUAUGUUGUUAAUGCCCCACAAUUUGACGUAACCGAUCAAGUUCUGAUGUAUCAGCCUUUUUUAUUAGAUGUACCACAAUUUAUUUCAUUAACCACCCCAAAUUUAGCACCGCAAUAUUUGCAUCUACCUCCAAAAGUUGAUAUUAAGAAUCACAGUGGAUCUGCUUUGUAAACAGUGACUGGAUAUGUUGUGCAAUUUAUUUUUUAUAUUUAUAUGUGGAAAGAUGAAGAGGAAAAUGGAGAACAGAAUAUAAAUAAUGAUAUUAGUUAGAUAUUAGUCCACGAGAUAAAAUUUUUAAAAAAAUGAAUACUGGAACAAAAAUAUUAAAUAUUAAUUUAAACACAGUUCUACCACAAGCAGUAACAAAUCCAGCUCUUGAGCGUCGUGUCUCAGGGUUGUUCGCAGAAUCCGAAUCAGUGAAGUACUUUAACACCAGGGCUACACCUCCACAAUACAAAAGACCAUAAUGUGAAGUAUUUAAAGAUCCAUUUUAUGGCUUCCCAGUCAGAUACUUUUGGACAAUCCAACACCUCUGAAACUAUACUGACAGUGUAUGAUAAGUCUGGAUGAGUAGUCAUAGUUAGGGCUGGGCAACCUACAGAAGAUAUUUAGAAGUAAUAUUCCGAUAUUGAAUUAUGUUGAAAUAAUUAUUAAGAAAAUAAAUUUUUUAAUCGUUUAA